AUGUUCGUGGAGCCGGCAGAGACGUACAGCAAGCCGGACAACUGGCCUCCGGAAUCUGAACGUACGCUUACCUACCGCCUGUGCUGCGAGACGCCAUUGCCGCAGAACACUCUUCUGCGACUCAUAUUCAUAGGACUUUCCAAAGACAUCCCAGUAUCGCCGGCGGAGGUGUUCGAGCUGGUGGAACAGUUAGUGCGGCGUGCCUGUGCGCUCCCUGCCGAGGACAUGCCGCUUCAGGUCGACAAGCUCGAGAUCGCCGACUACAUCUUCCAACUGUGCCAGUUCCACCCGCCUGACAACAUAACACUUCCCGCUGGGUACAGCGCGCCGGCGCUGGCCAUCACGUCGCUGUACUGGCGCGGCUGGCUGCUGCUAACAAUGCUGGCGGCGCACAACCCGCACGGCUUCGCCGAGCGCGCCGCCGCCACCUAUCCCACGCUGCGGGCGCUCAUCGAGAUGUGCAUCACCGGCAAACCGAGCAUAGAGUGGAAUAAUAAUUCAGCUGGCGAAGCAGAACGCGCGGAAGCUGAACGUGCUUCCAUUCUGCAACUAGAGACGCACUUGGCCACCGCCAGCAAUGCUAAACUGCCCAUUACCGAGCACAGCUCGCGAUUGCUGAGCCAGUUGACAGUGCUGGAGCCCUUAGGUCCGGCACGGCGACCACCAAGUGGAGUGGCGGACGCCUUGGCAGCCUUAAGUUCUCAGCUAAAGCUGGGGCGGCUCCUGUGCCGGCAGCCUGCCCUGCUGCUGCAGUUAGUUGAGCGUCACGGCACCCGGCGCGCUAUGCCCUGGUUGCACCAGCUGCUGCGGCACGAUCAGCUCGAGCUCAGCGUUCUGCCGGUGCAGUGCUUGUGCGAGUUCCUGUCUGCGGGCGGCGCGGCUGGCGCUGGUGGUGGCAGCUCUGGCGGCGGCGAGGCGGGCAAGGCGGGCGAACUAUGUGCGCAUCUGCGCCGCACGCUGGCCAGCGAGGAGGGCGCGCGCGCCGUGUUGCACUACUACAUGCAGCGUCUCGCGCACGCACACGCGCACACGCGCGCCGCCGCCAAUAGGGGUCUUAAAUUAGUGCUGUCUCAGUCUGAAGACACCACGGAGAUGGACUAUAAUGCGGAAGUCAGCCCUGAGGAGUGGCUGAGCCUGCUGUGGUCGCUGCGGCACUGGGAGGCGGUGCGGGGCGAGGCGGUGGCGCGCAUCCGGGCCGCGUGUCUUGUGGAGUGCGCGCCGCGACAUGUCGCCGCCUACCUCAGCUUCCUCGCAGACCACGUGGACGCUGCACCAGAACUCGACCACAUCGAAAUCGUUCUCGACUUGAGCCAGGUUCUGAUGGAGCGCACGACGGUGACGAGCUGUAUCCUGCCACCAGUGGAUGCUCGUGACGCUCCGCGCGACGAGCGUCUCAUGGCGCAGCACCGCGCUUUGUACUCUUUCACACGCAUUCUACACGCACACUUGCGACAGGUGGUGCGCGCAGGGCUGCAGGAGGAGGGUGAUGAGGAGGGCGAGGGGGAGGGUGCGGAGGCGUGGGGCGGUGCAGAGCGCGUGCUGCUGCAGUGGCCGGGCGGCCGCCGAGCGCGCCUGCAUCUCGUGCUCGUGCACGCGCAUCUUAAGCUGCUCUGCUAUGGACCCUCGCUAUACGACACGAACCAGGAGAUGUACUCGUGGCUGCAGUCGAUGUGGGUGGGCGGGCAGGGCGGGGAGGGUGCGGUAUGCGGCUGGGAGAGUGGGGAGGGUGCGGAGGGCGAGGCGCUGCUGCCCGACUGGCUGCGCCUGCACCUGGUGCGCUCGGCGCGCGCGCCGCUGCUGGCCGCCGGCCUCCGCGGUCUGCCCGCACACAAGCUGGCGCUCUUCAUACAGACCUUCGGCAUGCCCGUGCCCUCCAUGAGUGCGCUGCUGGCAGCAUUAGACGCGUGUCCAGCUGGCGCGGUGGUGCGGCUGGGCGUGGAGCGCGGCUACAUGGCGCAGCUGCUACGCGUGCAGCGCGCGCGCGGUGCUACCGGCGGCAGCGCUUUCGCCGCAGCGUUGCGCCUACAGCAACCGCAGCUGCCGCCAGAUGACUCGCUGUUCGCUGACGAGCCCUUGCCUGAAGAGACGCAAUCCGCGUGGGAUACGGCCAGCGCGACUCCACGUCUCGAGCCAGACCAUGUGCUCGGUCUCUUGUCUGCAGUCUUCGAUUCUGGAGACUCUCGUUUCGACAUCGACACCGCUUGCACCCAACUAAAUGCUCUGAUAGCGGAGGAGGGCGUGCGUGGUGAGGAAGGCGUGUACAGCCACGCGGCGCUGGCGUUUCUACGCAGCUGCGCUCCGCACGCGCUGCUGCGCCGGCCUGCGCAUGCCGCCGCGCUGCUGCGCACACUGCACGCUGCGCACCCGCAAGCACUCGCGCAGGUACGUUCCUGCGCACGUUACAUGCGUACGUUCCUACGCAGCUACGCUCCGCACACGCUGCUGCGCCGGCCUGCGCAUGCUGCCGCGCUGCUGCGCACGCUGUGCGCCGGUCACCCGCACGCACUCGCGCAGGUGGCGGGCACGCUGCUGGCGAGUGGCAAGUGCGGCGUCGGCCCGCUGGGCGAGCUGCUGCGUGCGCCGCUGGCCGCCCGUGCCCCGCACGCCCCGCGCGCCGCGCUCGCGCCCCGCCUGCCGCAAUGCGCCACCAGGGAACAACUCAUUGCAGCAUUGGAAGCAACGACCCCGAACACUUUGGAGGCGGUUGGCAACUACAUCAUCGAGACACAGGACACUCAGCUGGUGGUAGAAGUCAUUUCAAUUCUGUUGGAAAAAAGCCAGGACGGACACUACGAAACAAAGGUGAAGUGCGAGAGCGAAGCGGAGGAGGAGGCGGCGGCGCACGUGUUCUCGCGGCGCGGCCUGGGCUGCGGCCUGUUGCUGGACUGGCUGGCCGAGCUGCAGCGUGAGACGCUCGGCAGAGAGGUACCCCCUCCCACCUUCUGCUGA